GUAACGGUUCCAGACUUCGAAGUCGGCUACCCUAAACCAAAGCCUCCCCGCGACAGAAAGAAAGACAUCUAUAAGCCGGCAGAUUAUGCCCAUAUCGACAACAGAGUCAGACAGCAACAAGCAAGCUUGAACACUUCGACUUACGAGAGCCUGGUGAACUCGCUGACCGCUGGCUGUACCACAGAUCUCCAAAAACUGAGAGCUAUAUUCGUCUGGCUGUAUCUACAGAAUAUCCACGGAUCCUUCUACAGCCGUGUAACUGACCCUCACACACCCAAGGGCUACAUGAAGGUUAUCAAGACAAAUCAUGGCUCUUACGCUUCCUUCUUUGCUCAGCUAUGCAGGGCAGCGGCUAUACCCUGUAAUGUUAUCCGAGGUGUUGGCAAGGGAGACAAGUAUGUUACAGGACAGCAAAAUUGUGAUAACAUGGAAAGUGCUUGGAACGCCGUUUACGUCGCUGGUGAAUGGCGGUUAAUUCAUCCGUUGUGGUCUUUCUUUCAGGAAAAACAAACAUAUGAAAAUGGAUUAAGCCCACCCGCUGGGACCAAACGUUCGAGUAUCGAAGAGUUCUACUGGCUCACAGACCCUGACGCUUUUAUAUGCUUCUGUAAAUCUAACAACGACGAAUGGCAGCUCCUCGGUCUUCCAUGGACUGAAAAGAAAUUUCUGAACAAUCCUCACUUUACCGAGGAAUACUUCACCUGUGGCCUUACACUGCCAAACACCUACAACGCCCUCAUAAACUGUGAUACCUGUAAUUUACUUAUCGCAUUUGAACACGAAAAAUACAUUGACCCAACCAUAGACGGCCGAGUGGAAAGGGAGUACGACAAUAAUGAUGAUCGAGCAACAAGUGAUAUGGACAUGACGAACUAUGUUGUCACAUCAAGCUCUUCCACAAAAAAGACUCUUGUCGUAAGAUUUCCAGUUAGAGGCUGGUACUAUGUGGAUAUAUUUGGUGGUUUGGAUAAUGCUAAGCCAAAACUGGUUAGCUUUCGCGUCCACUGCCAACACCGGGGCAAGGAUCCAUUGCCGUUUCCCUUAAACCCACCUGAAGGCUUUGGUAUUACGCAAACGGCUGAUAGAUACGGUGUUUCAGACCCCGAACCAGAUACGGGUAUCAUUUUGGUGAGACAAGGUCAACAGAAACGUUUCGUCUUCACUUGCAUGCAGAAGCUGGAUGCAAAGGCAACACUGACUCACAUCAAGCAGAAUUCAGACAACCUAGCGGACUGUAUCACCACAAAAACCAGUGAUAGCCAACUUGAUGUCCUAGUGAAUGUUCCAGAUGAAUCGCCUCUUGAAUUUGGCUUAGUGAUUGCUGUCCGUAAAGAAAACGAACGAGGAGACUUUACUGUCGUUGCUAACUAUCUAUUGGUGGACGAGAAUUGGCAAAAGAAUGUUGCCACGGUACCCCCCUCAAAAGAUGAAGUUAAACACCAAAACAAAGAUGACACCAUCAGACGCAAGCUAAUUGCAGCAACUAAUGGUGACAAUAUUGAAACUCUUGAAAACGCUAUUGGAGACUUUGAACAUCAUGGCUUGGAUGACGAGGGAGAUCUUACCAGAGCCAAGAACAAGUUGGUUCAUCUUCAUUUAGACAAUCUUAGAAGAACUACAUCAGAAAGACAACUAGCAGAACUAGAAAAGGCUAUAGACUCUGCCAACGCUUCACACGUUGCUCCAGAUUUGAGGGAUUCUGAUGAAAUGGCUGAAGCGGAAAAGACAAGACAGCAACUGAAAAGACUGAAGUUAUACCUGCACAAAGUCUUGGCCUUGAAUAAAGCCACCAUUGCCGAGAUUCACAGCUACCAAAGACCCCGUCCACUUGUACAUCAAGUCAUGAAAGCCACCUUUAGAAUUCUGGGUGAACCGAACAGCAGAGUACAGAACUGGACUAGAGUGCAGAACUCUAUGAGACAGCUGGGCCACAACAGCAUGCUGGGUAGGAUGGGGAAAUGCGAUGUGGUGCAUCUGAAGAAGACGCAAGUCCAAGACGCUGAGUUCUAUCUUAGUGACACAAACAUACGGUCAGUGCGCAUGGUCAGCGCUGGAGCUGCGACAUUUUAUGUCUGGAGCAACAACAUGAUCUCUGAAUAUCACGGCAAGAACGACGAGAAGUCUGCAAGAAACGCUGACAACAGGAACGGAGAUACUAAACGUUACGAUUUUAACAGCGCCUAUUCGCCCAGCCCAGGGCCAACACCAAGGGAUGAGUUAAAGUCUCGAUAA